GUCGGGGCGCAAGCUGGAGCAUAUAAAGUCGACGUGGGCAUAGAGAGUUCACAUCACUGAGAAGAGCCCUGAACGGCGCUGAAGCAUUGCCCCCAAGAUGAGAAGUCCCACGCUCUUCUGCCUGCUACUGCUGGUCGUGUCAUCGGUGACGGCCUCGGAAUUACGUAAGGGUCGCUCCAUAUUCGGUAUGGCGGCGUGUGUCACGAGAAAUGCAGCCGUCCUCAUUCCCUACGAUGGCCGCUGUGCCGCGGGAAAGCUCCAGGCAGCCUACAGCGCCAUGAGCGAUGCGAACUGCGUCAACUGCGACAAGUACUUCCACUGCAUAGGCAACUUCCGCGCUGUGACCGAGUGCGGCAACUCGGAGGAGGCUCGGAAUGCCGCCGAAGUGAUCAGCAACUGCCGCGAGGAAGCAGGCGGAACUGACAGCGCGGCUGACCAGGAGGCUAACGAAUACGGCCGAGGGGGUGGCGACUGUGCUCACCGGUAUCUGGCUGCGGUGGGCUGCGCUUACAACCCGGAUACCAAGACGUGCGGAUGAGGGGUCGAAUUGUGCUGGGAUACGCAUUCGUUAACUAUCCAUUUCAGUAUUUCAGAAUGCUAGCCCUUGCAAUUUUUUGUAAAACAAACAGUAAAUACAGCAAUAAAGCCGCUUCCCCUACA